AUGCCCUCCGCCGACGCCGCCCUCAUGGAACAUGCCUCAAUGACCGAGAUUGCGCGCGACACCAACACCCGGCAGCAUGGCGGCCCCGAUGCCCUGAGCCGCGCGAAAAAGGAAACUCACAGGGAAAAGGAGGCUGCCGUGUAUACUAGUAACGACGAGGCCGUCGCGCCCAAGCGCAAGACGCAGAGCUUCGACUAUGUCUGGAGGUCCGGAGUGGCCGGCGGCAUGGCAGGAUGUGCUGCCAAGACCGUCGUUGCACCCCUUGAUCGAGUCAAGAUCCUCUUCCAGGCCCGCAAUCCCAUAUUCGCAAAGUACGCCGGGUCUUGGGUCGGCGUCGCGACCGCAAUGAAGGACAUCUACCACCAGGACGGCAUCCUGGGUUUAUACCGAGGCCACUCAGCGACUCUCCUACGAAUUUUUCCUUAUGCUGGCAUCAAAUUUCUUGCCUACGAGCAAAUCCGAGCUAUUAUUAUACCCCGACGAUCUCACGAGACACCCAUGAGACGGCUUCUCAGUGGGAGUCUUGCCGGUGUCACUUCUGUUUUCUUCACAUAUCCAUUGGAGGUGGUUCGCGUUCGCCUCGCCUUCGAGACUAAGCGCGAGGGCCAUUCCACCUUGUCUCAGAUCUGUAGGCAGAUCUAUAAUGAACGCCCCGUCGUCCCUCCUACACAAGGCUCCAGCGCGGCGGAUGCGGCAGCAGCCACGGUGCCUCGGACGGGCAUCUUCAACUUCUAUCGAGGAUUUACCCCCACUAUUCUCGGAAUGCUUCCGUACGCGGGCAUGUCUUUCCUCACUCACGACACCGUUGGCGACUUAAUGCGCUCGCCCUCCUUUGCGCCAUACACAACACUUCCCCCCAAGAAGGACCAUCCUGCGGGAAAGCCUGUGCCACUACGGUCAUGGGCGGAGUUGUGCGCGGGCGGAAUAGCGGGCUUGAUCUCACAGACGGCAUCGUACCCGUUAGAGGUGAUCCGGCGUCGUAUGCAAGUCGGUGGUGCAGUUGGCGACGGUCGUCGGCUACGGAUCCGCGAGACUGCCGGCAUGAUCUUCCGCGAGAGAGGUGUCUCGGGAUUUUUUAUCGGACUGACCAUCGGGUACGUCAAGGUGGUUCCCAUGGUGGCAGUUAGCUUCUACACGUACGAACGGAUGAAGCUCGUCUUUGGUAUAUAG